AUGGGUGUUGUAAAUGUUGAACAAGCAAGGAUUGAAGAAGGAGUUGACGCAGUAGCUGUUGUGGCUUUAGAACACAUAUCAGCUGAUAUUAGAAAAGAAGAAGAUAAAGAUAGCAGUCACAAUUCCAUAUUGGCUAAAAUUUUAAAAGCAAUUAAUGUUGAUUACAUUGAUGAAUCUCAAGUACUUAUGCCAGCUGAUCAAUGUUAUCAUAUAAAUAAAGACGAUUUCAAAGUUCCAUUUGCAUGUGGAGCUAAGAAUUUAGAUGAAGCAUUUCGAAGAAUCACUGAGAGUGCUGCACAAGAGAACAAAAAUGUGGUAGAAGCUGUAAAUCAUAUGAGAACUGUUACAAAUGUAAUCAAGGAAGCUUCAAAGACGAAAAAUUAUAAUGAAUUAUUUAGUUGUGUUAGAAAAAUACAGGCACCUUGUGGUUUAUUACUGAAGACUAUUGAAUUGAAAGGAUUUCCGUUUGUAGGUCCUGGAAUAUUUAAAUCCGGUGAUCCAGCAAAGAGAGCUAAAGGUUAUAACUUUAAUUUAUUUCAUCUAUUAAAAAAAUUUUGUAUUAAGAUUGGCGUUGAUAUUGAAAUAAUACCACCAGUAUGUUAG